AGUAACCGCCCUCGUGACUCUGGGAUGUGCAUGUGCCCUGUCUGUAUAUAAGGAAACUGUCACAGUGAAUCCUUUACCCAGAUUUGAAAUUCUUCCAGGAGCGAAACUGAGACAUCCUGCAGUCAUGAAGUUAUUCGUGGCGUUUGUGGCACUGGCGAUUAUUUCAGGAACUCAGGCCCGUUUCCUGUUCCAGCAAGAUGAACCAAAGACGAAGUUUGAAGAAGCUGUUGUCACUUUCUGGGCACAUGUGGACAAAAUUAAAAAGGCAGCUGACGAUGUCACCAUUGACAUAAAGAGCUCCCAGCUGAGUCAAGAACUGGAAGGCUUAAUUACUGAUACAAUGGCUGAAGUCAAUACCUAUGUAGACAAUGUCAAGACCAAAUUGACUCCUUAUACAGAAGAAGUCAAUCAGAAACUCAACCAUGAUGCAGAUGUUCUUGUGCAGAAGCUUCAAGAUGAUUUGAAAGAUGCAAAAGACAAAGUAGUUCAGUACUCUGAAGAAGUCCGUCAAAUGGUCAAGCAGAAUACAGAUGACAUUCAGCAAAAAUUUUCUUUGUACUUCCGUAAACUGAAGAAAAGGUUGACCAAGGAUUCUGAGGAGAUAAAGAAAAAGCUAGCAACAUAUGCUGAAGAUAUGCGCACCAAAGCAAACCAAAAUAUUGAAGUGCUCCGUGAUACCUUCCAGCCUUAUGCAACCAGCAUCAAGGAGAAGACAGAUCAGCGAUUUCAGUCAAUAAAGCAAGCACUAGAUAAAGAAAUUGAACCUGUCCGUGAACAGUUUGGUGAGAAAUUUGUAGAGAUUCAACGCCAGAUUGAGCAGAAGACGCAAGAGAUCCGCACAUCUAUUGAAAAGAAGGCUGAUGAGAUCCAGGAGCUUAUAAAACCUUAUGUUAUAGAAUUUCAAAAGCAGUUUAAUAGUUUUAUUGAAAGUCUAAAAGCAUAAAUUUGCACAAAAUACAUUUUUUCAUCACAGAUAGUGUUUUCUUUUAUUAUAACUGCGCAACAAUCUUUCCAGUGGAAAAAGUUUUGCUGUAUUUCUUUUAAGAACUUAACAAAUGCAUUUUUAUACAUUAUUCAUAUCCAUGAAAUAAUGCUAUUUUGUAUGAAUUUACCCAGCUGCACUCUUAUAUGUAUCAUUGUGUUCAGAACCUGAUGCUGUUUAUUCAGCUUUGCUGCAACAGUUUAAGCAAGAUCUUUGAUGGUUGCACAUUUUCAAAAAAUUAGCUUUCGGGUUUGCUCUGAAUUUAUUUUAAAUAUUAUAAAAGUGGACUGAAAAACUUCUAGAAUUUGCUCUUUAAUAAUUGUAAAAGGGAUUUCAAAUUAAAAUUAUGAAAACUCAUGCCUUUAACCUAUUGUUUUAUUAUUUUACUUGAUACGACAUAUGCCGAAGAAAAUGAAGAUAGAAGUAAAAAACACAGAGAAGUUUGGCAGAGGAAGGGAUAUAUAUUGAAUAUUGAUUAGCUGUUCAAUCAAUGUCUUUCAAUGUUGAGAAGCUUUGCAGGCCUUUGAAAAUAGACUUUGUGAUCCCAGAGAGUGCUAAGACUGUGUCUAGUGUAAAUGUAAUCUGUUUAAGUAGGUUUAUGGGCUCCCAGUUCUUCACAAGCUAAUGAAGAAUGCAUUCAACUACAAAAGAGGGGAAUAUACUGAUGUAUAAAAUUCAUUCCAUAUUUUUUGACAUAUGGUAGUAUGCAGUACCUGUCAACUGUCCCUGAUUUUGCAUAAAGUCCUUGAUCUUGCCUUAUAUUUUUUCCCUGUCACUCAUACAAUUUGUAAUUUUUUUGGUAAAUUACUAAAGAUUAUAUUCAGUGAAUAACGACAUACAUUUGAAUUUCACACUUCAUAUUGUCCAGAAAAUAUAUGUUGAUACAAAGCCCGUUGUUGCAUUGUUAUGCUAACUUUCUAAUUGAAUUAAAGUAAUAUUUAAAAAAUUG